GGACUGAGUUUGAAGCGGGUACUGUGAAAUGUGUAAGCAUGAUGUUGCCUGGAUAAUCAGCGGAGGACGGUAGGAGACGGAGAGCUACAACCGGCUGAAGGCAAGUGAAGCAGCCACACCUCAUGCGUGGGCUCAACAAAGGUCCGAGUGGAUACGGGUCUGACAAACAUGGGUGUGCUCCAGCUCAACAAUCCCACUCACUCCAGCACUCUUCUGCAGCGGGCCAAUCAGAUGCGCCUGACCGGCACCUUGUGUGAUGUCAUCAUCACAGUGGAUGGCCAAGAGUUUCCAGCUCAUCGCACCGUUCUGGCCUGCACCAGCAAAAUGUUUGAGAUUUUAUUCCACCGCAGCAGCCUGCGCUACGCCCUGGACUUUCUUUCCCCAAAGACCUUCCAGCAGAUCCUCGAGUACGCCUACACCGCUUCGCUCCAGGCCACAGCCGAAGAUCUGGAUGACCUCCUGUAUGCCGCAGAGAUCCUGGAGAUAGAGUACCUGGAGGAGCAAUGCCUGAAGGUGCUGGAGACCAUCCAGGCAGAGGAGAGCGAGGAGGUAGCAGUGAGGAAUCACAGCUCUGGAGACCACAGUGACCACAGCCGGGCCAGGCACUGGAGGCACAUGUUGAUGUCCAAGAAGCAUUCCAUACAGGAUGGAACCAACUGCACUACUCCCACUGCCCUACACCACCUGGCGCUGUACCAUGUGACGGAGAGAAGCUCUCCUGGUCCAGGGCCUGAAGCGGUCCCUGAAUCCAGCCCCAAAUUGAACACUGAGGUCGCCAUGGAGAGCACCCAGCAGGCUCAGCAUCGCAGCACAGAUGUUUUCCAGGACUCAUCCCUGGAUCCUGCCAUAAAUAUCAAAUCAGAAUGCAUGCAGGUGGACGAUGCCAACGGCUGUGAGGGCAGAUCCUCCAGUGCCGGGGAGGGAAGCUGCAUGUCUGACCAGCCUAGAGACGAGGGCCCAGGAACACCCCUGAGAGGCAGCGUGAUCACCAGCGCUCGAGAGUUGCACACUGGCCCCGAAGAUGGGGGGCAAGUAGUGGGAAACACUCUUGACACUUUUCCUGGAAUCACUGACAAACGCCUGACCUCCAUAUACACUGUGGCCUCCAACCACACAGGGGAAGGCCUGCCAGUGUCCGUUUCAGUGACCCCGUCUCUGGGUGUGCCGCUGGAUCCCAGGGCCUACAGCAGCCUGCUGCACCAAGGCUUGCUGCACAGGGAGCUCCUGAGCAGAUUGGGCCAGUUUGCAGCAGGGAUGAGACACGAGGGCCAGACUCAAGGCCAGCAUUGUUGUGGCGAAUGUGGCCUUCAGCUGCACGGCAGGCAGGCUAUAGAGCAGCACAGGCGGCUGCAUGACGAGGAGAAGGGCAACGGCUGUGAAUACUGUGGAAAACACUUCCAGGACAGCAUGCGGCUCAGGAUGCACAUGCUGUCUCACGCAGGGAUGUGCCGUAGGCAGGAAGCGUCUGCUGUUCAGAGAACACCCAGUCCUUCUGUGGCCUCUCAGGCAGACAGUCUGCUCACUGUUCAGAGACUGAUAACAGACCACGCUCCUGCAGAGGCGCUGGUGUGUGAUCAGUGCGGAGCGACGUUCUCGUCAGAGGAUGCUCUGGAAGCCCACAGGCAAACGCAUACAGGGACUGACAUGGCGGUGUUCUGUCUGCUGUGUGCAAAGCGCUUCCAGACCCAGAAGGCCCUGCAGCAGCACAUGGAAGUCCAUGCAGGGAUGCACAGCUACAUCUGCAGCCACUGUGAGCGCCCCUUUCCAAGCCACACAACGCUCAAAAGACAUUUGCGCUCGCACACGGGCGAUCACCCGUUUGAGUGCGAGUUCUGCGGGAGCUGUUUCAGAGAUGACGGCACACUGAGGGGCCAUAAACGCAUACACACAGGAGAGAAGCCUUACGAGUGCAACGGUUGUGGGAAGAGGUUCAGUCUGAAACACCAGCUAGAGACGCAUUACCGCGUUCAUACAGGUGAGAAGCCAUUUGAGUGUAAGCUGUGCCACCAACGAUCCAGAGACUACUCAGCUAUGAUCAAACACCUACGCACACACAACGGGGCAUCUCCGUACCAGUGCACCAUCUGCCAGGACUUCUGCCCGAGCCUGGCCGCCAUGCAGAAGCACAUGAAAGGCCACAAACCCGAAGAGGUGCCGGCCGAUUGGAGGAUAGAAAAGACUUACCUGUAUGUCUGUUACGUCUGAGCAGGACUUGGACUCCAGGCACAGUCUGACACACCCACACACACUCGCACACACACACACACACAUACACACACACAUACACACACACACUCUGUCACUGUUAUGUGGAAACCUGGUAACUCCUGUGUUGCUGAUUUUAAUGCUGAAGGAUCACACGUUCCCCUUGGGGUUUCAAAAAGAAAGUUCAAACAAAUUUUGGAUGAAGGAAAUGCUAUACCUGACAAUGAGAUAUGAAGCAAGAAUAGAAAUAUGUGUACACAUUCGGGCUGCAAAUAACAAUUAGUUUCAUUAUCAGUCGGAUAAAUUUUUACUCUGAAGUAGACGCAUCUUGGUGGUAAGCUGGCAUCUUUUGUCUGACAAAGAGUCCACUCCAAAGAGAUUUAGUUUGCAAUCUCUUGAACUCAUAUUCUCACAUUUUGAGACACAGAGAGAAACAAACAUUUAGGAUUUUUCCCUGUAAAAGAAUAAAAGAUUGACAGUUUCCUGAUGACUAUUUGAGCCCUCAUGCACACAAACACACAUACUUCCUCUCAUGCAGUUUUGAUAAUUGUGUCUCUAAAUGAUCCAGUGUUGUUAAAAUCAAUGCCACAAAGGCUGUGACCGCUGGCCUGCGCGUUCAGCAGGAGCAUUUUGACUGAUUGCUGAACCAUCAGGCAAACCAAGUCAUCUUCUAUGAUUGUACAGCAGAAGUAGAAAAUAAUUCCACAAAGGCUCGAUUGGCUGAAUUUGCAACACUUCUCUACUAAUUUUCUGUGACUUCUUCGUCUUUUUUUUUUUUGAUUGUUGUUCUGCUGUUGGAUUUUUUUUCUUUUAGACUUGUUUAUUUUCUGCAUGUUUUACUUGAAUGGCUGACCUCAUGAGCUUGAUCUCUUUAAUUGCUUUGUCUCCGUUGCAGUGGGUGUUUUUGUUCGAGGUAGCUCGCUCACAAUUUGAGCUUCUCUCAUAAUACUUUUUUUUUUUUUUUUUUUUUUUUUGCUAUUUAUAUGUUGUUUAUUUGUUACCAAAUAUGUGCUGGUUUUCAUCACACUGUGUCUCUUGGGAUGUUUUCUAGUAGAGCAAGCUCUACCUCUUCCCCCACGUUUGUUUGUUAGAAAUUCGCUGCAAAUUAUUCAUCUGUCAGUAGGUUUAAUUUUGUCACAAACAUCACAAUUUACAUGGUCAAACAGUGUGAUUUAAAAAAAAAUGUGACAAGCCUCAGUAAGGCUCUUGAGUGUAGUUUUUUUAACCAUUGCUUAUAUAUAGAUGUCUUAUAAAAAUGAAAGAAUCAGAAUUUUCUAGAAGAAAACAAGUUAAAAUAUUAAAAGAGGUUGUUUUUUAAUAAAACAUGACAAGAAAAUUCUGCUAUUGAAUUACCUUAAGCAGGUUAUUGUCAGUUGUUGUGUAGCCGUAACGUACAAACUGUCAUGGUAUGUGAUUCCCUUAUGUGAGCCUAACACAGGCCUUAUAGAUUUAAACAUGUUGUAUUUUUGUAUUACAGUAAUUUGCUAUCUGUUUACAUUUGGUAUGAUUUGAGAAACAUCUUAGUGUGUGUUUUAUAAGUCUCUGAUUUGAUUAAGAACCCUCCCUUGUGCCUCUUUUAUAAGUAGAGCAUUGAUGUGCUUGAGUACAUGGGUCUGUGUUAUUGGUAGGUGUUUCUGGGUGUUUGUUUAUUGUUAAUAAAGAUAGACUGCCAUGUAGAUCCAAUUUGUUUGAACAUUGCAACUGGAAGCAACAUACUGUGAUAGUGGCUGAUAAUCUGAUGCAAGUUCCAAGCAAUUUUGAUGUAUAAAAGUACAUGCUUGUCUCAAAUUGUUCCCUUCAGAGUGACAGUGGACUGACAUCGUGAGAUGGAAAUGAUGUGUAUAUCAAAUCUUGGCAUGUGUGGGCAUUACCAAUGCCUCCUAAAGUAGCCAACAACACUCAGUGCCAUGAAAACACACAUUCACUGUAUCUAUUCUACAUGAACAUGCACUAUAAAUGGAUUUCCUCGGUGGACCAAAAGAAAUAGAGCACUUUUGUUUGAAAAGGGUUUUUCUUUGAUCUUUGUAUGUUGUGAUAAUGCAGCUGUCUUUUAUUUGAUGUGUCCUAGAAGGAUGUGAUUAGCAUUGUUUAGAUUAUGUCACUGUCUGUCUACCUCAGGGCCAGAUCAAAGCUCGACCUGGUAUCCAAUCAGGGUUGUUCUUCUUGCCAUGUGUGCAGUAAAAUCCCUCUUCAUUACAGCUUUGUAACACAGUGUGUGAAAGUGUUUUCUCAGUGUGGAUUCAGGCACAACUCUGUAUGCGUCAGUGUUCAGUGGCAUGGUUAAAAAAAGAAUAAAACAAUUUACUAUU